AUGGAGAUGUUCUCGUUUGGUGAUCACCUACGCGCGAGGCUUGCAGCGGCAGCACAAGUGAAGGAGCGGAAGCGGGCAGGAAUGAUCACCUCCGCCUCCGCUCCGUCGUCGUCGGUGCCGCCGGCAGGUGGCGUCGUGGCGGUGGAGGACACGGACGCCCUCGACUGCGGCGUCUGCUACCUUCCGCUGAAGCCCCCCAUCUUCCAGGCCUGGGCUAAUGUGGAUGCUCCGUGCCCGCGGUGUGACGUGGGGCAUGUGGUGUGCUCGCCGUGCCGUGACAAGCUCAGGGACAACCGCAGGUGCCAUGUGUGCCGCGGCUCCACCGGUGGCUUCCACCGGUGCCACGCCAUGGAGCGCCCGGUGGAGUCCGCCCGCGUCGCGUGCCCGAACGCGGCCUACGGCUGCGCGGCCAGGCCUGAUUCUAUCUCUGUUCUUUUACUGUGUCUGUGCCACGCCUGA